AUGAGGCCGGCGGAUGGAGUUGCUGUGCUCGCGGUGGCUGUGCUCCUCGCAGCCGCCGCGGCUGCUGCUGCUCCUCGUGCGCCGGCGCCCGCACUGACCCUCGAGAGGACGCUGCCACUGACGGGGGUGCGCCUGGAGCGCCUGCAGGCGAUCGACAGAACGCGGCUCUCCAGCAAGAAAGGAGUGGUCGAGUACUCCAUGGGGGGCAUGCCCGGGUGUGAAAAUGCUAUGGCAACAGGUUAUGCGGGCUGCAAUAUCUCCGGAUCUCCGAGCAGCAAAUGUGGAUACAUGCAGACGUAUGCUGAUGGAAGUGAGACUUCCGGUUUUUAUGUAUCGGAUGCUUUGUAUUUCCAGAAAGUCUUGGGAAAUGAGACUGUCACCAAUCCAUGCAGCAUGUCAAGGUUAGACCUGAUGAAGACCGAUGGAAUCAUAGGUUUCGGGAAAAAUGCGGUGUCGGUUAUCUCGCAACUCUAUUCUCUAGGGGUGUCCCCAAGGGUGUUCUCUCAUUGCUUGAAAGGUUCAAAUAAUGGAGGUGGCAUUCUUCUUCUUGGUGAAGUCACGGACCCUGGAUUUGUAUAUACCCCACUUCUUCCAUCACAGCCUCAUUACAACGUGAAUUUGAAGAGCAUUGCUGUCAAUGGUAAAAAUAUCCCCAUUGAUUCUUCUUUGUGGACAGCACAAAAUGCACGAGGAACCAUCAUUGACUCCGGAACCACGUUAUCAUAUUUCGCAGACGGAAUCUACGAUCAAAUUGUUAAUGCAGUGAGUUCUUCAUAUGACACAUCUUACCAUCUUCUUGUUUAUAAAUUGACAAAAUGUUUUUUUCACUCCUCCUCCAGAAAUUUCUCGCAAUUUCCAGAUGUGACUCUAUAUUUUGAGGGUGGUGCUCCAUUGACUAUGAGGCCAGUGGACUAUCUUUUGCUCCAAGGUUUCUCUACGGACUUUGUCGAGGAUAUAUUGUGUGUUGGCUUUCAGAAUAGCAAGUGGCUUCAAGGUUUAGAACACACAACUAUACUCGGAGAUCUCGUGUUACAUGACAAGAUUUUUGUUUAUAACGUCGAGAAGAUGCAGAUUGGAUGGAUAAGUUAUAACUGUUGCUCCAGUAGCGAGGACGAGAUGGAUGACCAGGAAGGAGAGCACUGCAACUUGCAGCUGACAAAUGCCAAUAUGACAUUGCUAGUAGAGUGGAGAAGCUUCCUUAGAAUUUAG